UAAUAUAUAUAGUACUACUCGAAACACUUCUAGCUAGCUAGCUCCUCCUGGCCUGUUUAAGAGAUUUUAAAAAAACCCUCUUGAUUUUGUAUUUCAGCGGUAGUCUGCUGUACUGCUCUGAGAGAGAGAGAGAGAGAGAGAGAGAGAGAGGUAAUGGCUCUCGAAGCUUUGGUGUACCAACAGGGCUCGUACAGUCAUGGCUUCAGCGAUACCUAUGUAUUAGGAGGAGGUGGACCUGGGAGCUAUUGCCUUGGUCUUGAAGAAGACAAACUAUGCUUUGAAACAUCUGACAAUAAUUAUUUAGAAUAUUCUCCUUCUUCAAUGGUGCAAGCUAGUGUGAAGGAGCCGGGCACCAACACUUCCUUCCCGGAGAAUGGCACCGCUAAUAUUGGGUUCUUGGCUCAAGGGCUUUCUUCGCUGAAAGCUCCAGCAGCGACCAUGGGCAGGCUAAAAAGACGGCGCACCAGAAGCACCAAGAACAAGGAAGAAAAGGAGAAUCAGAGAAUGAUUCACAUUGCUGUGGAACGCAAUAGAAGGAAGCAAAUGAACGACUAUCUCGCCGUGCUUAGGUCUAUGAUGCCUCCUUCUUAUGUGCAAAAGGGGGACCAAGCAUCAAUCAUAGGGGGAGCCCUUAAUUAUGUGAAGGAGCUUGAGCAGCUCCUCCAAUCCCUGGAAGCCCAGAAGAGAAUAAGCAAGCAACCACCAGACGGCAGUUUGUCCUCCGUCUUCUCGGGUUUCUUUACCUUCCCUCAGUACUCCGCCUUUUCCACUGAAUCCAGUGAGUCAAUGGCCGAGAAGCAUUCAGCCAUUGCAGACAUUGAAGUGACAAUGGUGGAACGCCAUGCCAAUAUCAAAGUACAAUCAAGAAAACAUCCAAAACAGCUCUUGAAAAUGGUUGCCGGGUUGCACUCCUUGCACCUUAUUGUUCUUCACCUCAAUGUCACUACCGUUGAGAAUAUGGUCCUUUACUCUUUCUGUGUUAAGGUUGAAGAUGAGUCUCAGCUAACCUCAGUGAAUGAGAUUGCAGCUGCUGUGAAGGAGAUGGUUGGCAGGAUCCAAGUGGAAGUUCAAUUUACUUGAAUGCUUUUAUGUACUUGGUGAAGUGCUUUCUGCUUCAUGCAAAUUAAUCUGAGCAAGCAACGUACGUACGUUCAAAUCUGAGCAAAUUUGUUGCCCCUGAGAACUAAUUAAACCAUAUUGUGCAAGCUAGCAGUGUUCAAUUGCCAAUACUCUGUAAAUGUAAUUAAUGUAGCGUAUUCGAGCCUUAUUAUACUGUUAA